GGCAUCUCUGGCCCAUCUGAGUAGGUCGGCGACGCCAGCCACUGCGCCAUUCUGCCUCCUUUACCGGUGGCCAAGACUUGUUUCGUCCAAUGAGCGCACCAAUCGACCCUCGGGCUAGGUCCACCAUUAUCCUAGAUGGGCGUUGUUUUUAGAGACCCCUCAUCAAGGUCUCCCUAAAGUUCUCUACCCAUCCUCCAAGCGUAUCAGCCAUCGCCACAUCCCUAACCAGAACACCCCCCCCCAAUCGAUCAUCAGUGGCUCGCAUUCCUUUUCCUUGGUUCCACUUUCUUCCGACUCCUAUCCAACCUCUUCCUCAUGUUCUCUCACUCGUGCGGACUUAGACUUGGAGGUACCAAAGCCUACUUGAGAGGCUUCACAUGUGCAGAGCAGACCAAGGUUGCAACGGUGCUGGGACUGCUGGAGGGACCCGCUUUGAAGUGGGCCACCUCAACCUCCAGCAGUCUGGAGCAACGUCUGGAGGAUUGGGCUUUUGGGUUGGGGGUGGACAGACUUCUGCAGGCCCUAGAGGACCGCUUUGCAGACAAGGAGCGGGCCCGCAAAGCUACCGACAGGAUUGCUCGCCUGGGGCAGCAGCGCUAUAGCGGGACACUGCAGUCCUUGUUUGCAGAGUUCGAGCAGUUGACCUCUACCCCUGGGCUGGUCAUGUCAACAGAUGAUCUGUUGACCAACUUCUGCAGAGCUGCGUCUGAGAAGUUUGCAGUUGCUUUGUACAGUGUUGGGCAUAAGGAUUGGAGAUCCUUUGGUCGUGCAACCCUGGACAUGGAGGCGAAACUUCAUGUUCAGGCCCCUUCUUCUGACAAAAGAAAAGGAGCCUUCCCUCCUGGUGGCAGGAAGGGAAAGGCUGCCUUCACUCAUGUAGGAUCUGGAUCAGCCAGUGAUUCAGACUCCCAGGUUAUGGAUCAGUAUGGUGAUCUGAUGCAGGAGCCCUUUGGAUUGCCCAACCGACCAACCAAGCAUCACAUCGAGCUGCUACCGGGAGCGGUCCCUCCCAAGGGCAUCUACAGGAUGUCCGCUACAGAGCUUGAGGAGCUCAGAAAGCAGUUGGAGACCCUGACCAGCAAAGGCUGGAUACGGCCGAGCACAUCUGAAUUUGGCGCACCAGUGCUCUUCGUCCCAAAAGGGAAUGGAGAGUUCAGAAUGUGCAUCGACUACAGGGGUCUCAACAAGAUCACUAGGAAAAGUACAGAGCCUAUUCCUAGGAUUGAUGACCUGCUGGAUAUGGUAAAGGGUUGCACAGUGUUCAACAAAAUCGACCUCAAAUCUGGUUAUCACCAGAUUGAGAUGGCAAAGGAGGAUGUCCACAAGACCGCCUUCAAAACCAGAUAUGGUACUUACGAAUAUGUGGCUAUGCCAUUUGGACUUUGCAAUGCCCCAGGUACCUUCCAAACUGAGAUGCACCGCAUCUUCAGGCCUUACCUGGACAAGUUCAUGGUUGUCUACCUAAAUGAUAUUCUGGUAUUCAGCCGAACUGUCAGGGAACAUGCGGAGCACCUGGCUCUGGUCCUUCAGUCGUUACGUGACAGCCAAUAUAAGAUCAACAGAGAAAAAACCUCUUUUGGAGUUCCCUCUAUUAUCUACCUGGGUCAUGUAAUCUCUGGAGAUGACCUGACUCCUGAAGCGGCCAAGAUAGCUGUGGUUCAGGAGUGGCCACAGCCACAGACAGUGAGGGAUGUCAGGUCCUUCAUGGGUUUGGCCUCGUACUACAAAAAGUUUGUCAUGAACUUAUUUGCAGUGGCUGCGCCCUUGACUAACCUAAUAAAGAAAGACACUCCUUUCCUUUGGUCCCUUCCCUGUCAGUUGGCCUUCACACGACUCAAGAAGGCCUUGACUCGUGCACCAGUGCUGAAGUUGCCUGACCCCACUUUGCCAUUUAUCCUGACCACUGACGCAAGUCAGUAUGGCAUUGGGGCAGUUCUUCAGCAGGAUGAUGGGAAUGGUCUACUGCCCGUAGAGUUCAUGAGUAAGAAGAUCAAAACCCAGAAGCUUCAAGACUCUACCUAUGAGAAAGAGCUAUAUGCUCUUGUCUGUGCCCUAAAGCAUUGGAAACACUUUUUCCUGGGCAGGCACUUCAAGAUCUUCUCUAAUCAUUCCACCUUACAGUGGAUGAAGUCGCAGGGAGAGUUAAAUGACAAAUUGGCACGUUACAUUCAGUUCAUAGACAUGCUUGACUUUGAACUGAAACAUAAGAAGGGCUGCUACAAUAAAGUAGCAGAUGCCCUCUCUCGUAGGCCUGACUCUUUUGCGUUGAUCUCCUCCACUCAAUCCUUCGGAGAGGAGACCCGUCAGACCAUUGCUCGUCUACUGCCUCAGGACCCGACUUACGGACCCAUGGUCAAAACUCUGCAAGCGGAUCCCAACUCUGAACCCGGAUAUGCCCUAAGUUCAGACUUGCUGUACGCUUACAGCAGAGUAGGCACCCGGGGUGGCACCUCCACUACACCUUACACGAAUGAGGAGGAGGAAAAGAUGGCCGCCAUCCUGCAGGAGAGAAAAGAGAAGAAGGAGGCCAAGAAGAAGGCCCUGCAGGAGGAGCAGGCAACAAAGUUGAAAAAGGUAGAGGAGGAGAUGGCCAGAGAAAAAGAGAGUUUGAAGAAGGAAGAAGAGGAGAAGUUGAAGGAGGUGGAAGAGGAAGAAAAAGAUGAACCGCCACUGCAAAGGAGGAGAGGGCAACACAGUGGCAGCAAGGAUGAAGAGAUGGAGAAACGGAUUUCGGAGUGGGUCGCCAACUUAUCCCUGGGCGAAGACGAAGAGGUAACCAUGUAUAUCCCCAAGGAUGAGCAGGAAGACGCUAUGAAGAAAUGGGAAGCAGAAGAAGAUGUUCUGAAGCAGCAGGCGAUGCAAGAUGAAACGAGGAUGGUGUGGAAACUCGCAAUGAUGAGGGAGAAGAAAAGAAGAGUGGAGGCGGCGAGUGAAGCGGUUAAGGAUCUGGAGGAGGUGCAAAAACUAACUCUACGAUUGACCCCUCAGGUAGACCUCCAACAAAAGGUAGAGAUCAUCGCCCAGAGCGUCGAGCGUUUAGCUAGAUUGCAAGAACAACAAUAUGAGUUUAGCCGAAGCCAGGAUAUAGCGGUGCGUUCGAUGCGGAUGGGAUUUCGGGACUUUGCCCGCGAGCUGGUAGGUGCUGUAGGAGCCGAGGUGAAUCAUUGCCUCGAGAAGACCGAGCUGGAGACUCCCACACCACAUGUGCUUAUGGCAGAGGUUGCAGGCCGGUGUCUAGAUAGCUGUCCAGAGACUGCUUGUGUCAGGGUCUCUUUAGACACCUCCCUCACAGGCGUGGCUGAAGAAUUGAAGGAGAGGAUGCCCGCCUGGGCCAAGAUCAAGAAAGAACAGAAGGGGCAACUAAUAUUGGUAGAUGUAGAGAUUUUUAGAGGUAGAGUAGGGGCCCUAGUAGAUUCAAGGGCUACCCGCAGCUAUAUCAGUAGAAAAGCGCUGCAGAAGUUGAAGCUGGGACUUAAGGUCCAAAAGCUAGCAGACCCUAUAGUUAGUAUCCUCGCAGACAACCGUACAAUGAUUGUAGAGGAUUAUGUAGAGGGAGUCCAAGCGUAUUUUCGCCUAGAGAAAGAUGGGAAAGUGGAGAAGGUCCUCCACUCCCUGACUCUCCUCAUAGAAGACAGCCUCCCAUUCGAUAUUGUCCUGGGAAUGGAUUGGGGAGAGGCAGUCGGGGCCACACUCCAUUUGAAGGAGCACAAGUGUAAGCUCCCUAGUCCUUCAGGCGAGGCUAAGGCUGCCCGCCUGUUCCAUGUGUCAGGAGUAGAGAAUCCCCUGGCACAUUGCUGCCUUAGUGCACCUGCAUUCGCAAGAUUCGUGAAGAAAGAGCACCUAGAAGAACAGGUCUUUGUAGCCUAUGUUAGGCCAGUGACUGAGCCUAAGGAAGAGAAGCCUAUAGACCCUGCUAUUGCCCAACUGCUGGAGGAGUUUAAAGAUCUAGCUGAGUCGCCGACAGGAGUAGUACCGCGGCCCAUCCAGCAUCGCAUUGAGAUAGAGCCUGGCAGUAGAACUCCUAAGGGUGCGGUGUACAGGAUGUCCCCGCGGGAGUUAGAGGAGCUUCGCAAGCAAUUAGACGAGCUCCUUGAGAAGGGUUGGAUUAGACCCAGUUCAUCUGCUUUUGGAGCACCUGUUCUCUUUGUCCCCAAGAAAGAGGGAGAGCUGCGGAUGUGUAUAGACUAUAGGGGUCUGAAUGCUGUUACAGUAAAGAACGUUGAGCCACUGCCUAGGAUAGACAAUCUUCUGGAUCGAGUGCAGGGGGCAAAGUAUUUCUCCAAGAUAGAUUUGAAGUCCGAAUAUCAUCAGAUAGAGGUGCAUCCUGAUGAUCAGUAUAAGACAACCUUCCGGACUAGAUAUGGGUACUAUGAGUUUAUAAUGAUGCCCUUUGGACUAACCAAUGCGCCAACGACGUUCCAGCGCUGUAUGAACGAUCUGUUUAGGCCAUGGUUAGAUAGAUUUGUUGUUGUCUAUUUAGAUGAUAUCUUAGUGUUUAGCAAGACCCUCCAGGAACAUCAGGGUCAUCUCAGACAGGUCUUGGAGAAGCUGAGAGAAGCUAACUUCAAGAUUAACGCAAAGAAGUGCGAUUGGGCGAAGACCCAAGUCUUAUAUCUAGGCCACGUCUUAGACGGAGACGGCGUCAAGCCAGAAGACUGUAAAAUCGCAGCGAUUAGAGAUUGGCCCACACCGCGCACGCUGACCGAGUUGCGACUGCUCAGGAAGGAGACCAUCUGGAAGUGGGAUAAGGACUGCACCUCUGCUAUGAAGAAGCUGAAGCAGGCAUUAAUAGAAUAUCCAGUCCUUAAGGUAGCCGAUCCGUCCUUGCCCUUUGUCGUCACUACGGAUGCUAGCCAGUACGGCAUAGGCGCGGUGUUGCAGCAAGACGAUGGCAAUGGUUAUAGACCCGUAGAGUUCAUAUCCGCUAGGAUGCCUUCAGAGAAGGUGGCGACAUCUACCUAUGAGAGGGAACUCUAUGCUCUCAGGCAAGCAUUAGAACAUUGGAAGCACUACUUGCUUGGGAGGCACUUCAAAGUCUAUUCUGACCACGAGACAUUGCGAUGGUUAAAGACGCAGGCCAAGAUGACACCUAAGCUUACUAGGUGGGCCGCAGAAAUAGAUCAAUAUGACUUUGAUCUCAAGCCAGUCAAAGGGAAGUAUAACACCUAUCCGGUCUUCCAUGCAUCCAAGCUGCUUCCCUUCAUUCCAGCUGAUGCAUUCCCAGACCGGCCCCCUCAGUUUGGUCCACCGAUCCCUGGCAAGGGAUAUGACGUGGAGUCCAUCGAGGACGAGUGGGGCACUGGCCUUGACUGGCAGUAUCUUGUGAAGUUCUGUUUCCAGCCUCAUACCGAGGACAGGUGGUUCGCCAGGAAAGAACUUCUCAAGACAAGCAGCUUAGAAAGGAAACCUUCCUUGCCGAUCUCCUCGUCUGCACCCUUAGCUCGGAGGUCCUCGCUCCCCGGGAGGGUUCUUGAUGAGGUAUUGAAGGUCAAGAUGCCAGUCUCCCUGCCCCUUGACCUGUCACAUAUUGCAGUAUUGUUUGUCAUAGAUUCUUCUCGAGACGGGAGGUUCUCAUUGGAUGACAUCUUCCAGUUUAUCGACGUAAUGCUCAACCAAGAGCGGCUUUGCAAGCCUCACGAUUUUCUGAGUCACUUGCAAGGUUGGUGCACACUCCGCUUAUGGAAGCAGCUCACCAGGGAGGAAGGUCCUGACAAAGUUGAAAAAUGGUUCUUAAACCUCGUUUCUGAGAAUCUUGGAGUCCAUCAUACUGAUGAUUACCCUGGAGUGCAUUUCAUCUAUAGAGACACCAUCCAGACCGUCCACGAGGUCCAGGAGAGGAAAGGAGGCUGCGGAGAGAAGCUAGGGAGAGGGCGGCAGUGCGGAGGACAAGGGACGCUGAGGCCAGCGCCAGGGCUAGGAGCAUAGCUAGCAUAGGUGUGACCAUGGCUACCUCCUCUACCAUGUCACAUGCCUCUUCACAGGCCUCUUCGUUAGGAAUCAGUCAGAGUACUCAAGGCUCCAUAAGUCAGACUAUUGGCGUGCAAGUCAGCCAGCAGCAACCACUCACUCCGGAGGAUUAUGAGAUCCUCCAAGCGGAAGCUCUUCAUGAUGAGUUGCAGCGGCAAUUGAUUGAUGUAGAAGAGAGAAGAGAAAGGGCUAGAUUGAGAAAAGUCAGAUUAGGCACUAGGUUGCAGAAGCUAAGAGGACUAGAAGAACUAGAUGAUGCUACGUUAAAUC